AUGGAAUUGGAUGAUGCUAUGGAGAAUCAGGAGCAAAUUCAAGCUGUAUCUCACACCAUUGAACAAGUAUCUGACGCUGUACCUGUCAUUGUGUAUUCGACAAAAGACGAUCCGCAAUUUAUGUUGGAAUGUAUCCAACUGGGUGCUGCUGACUAUGUGUUGCGGCCCCUACGAUCUGAUGUGAUAAAGACGUUGUUUCUGACACUAGUGCGUAGACAGCAUCAUCAGCAAUCCUCGCCGUUAUACCAAGAUCAUCUUAUUUCUUGUAGUACCAUUAGUACAAUCACUUCAGUCAUGUCUCCCAUCACACCCACAACAGCACAGCACUGUAGCAAUAGCAACCAUGAUAACAAUAAAAACUCGGCUUAUUUACCGGAUCGCAUUCAUGAUCGCAUCAAGGCUAUCAACAGCAGAGAUAUAAACUUUACAAAGGCCAUCAUUGAUUCGUAUCUACCAGUACCGUCAACAUUAACAUGCAAACAACUAACAGAUGAACAUCGAGAGACGUUGCAAAAGAAGGUGUCUAGUUGGGAUUUCAGUCCAUUGAACCUGUCUCAUGAUGACCUCGUUCAUUGUUCAGUCAUCAUUAUAUCUCAAGUAUUUCUACUGGACGAAAUCACUAAAUUCAGUCAAGACCAGCUGUAUAGUUUUAUAUUGGAUUUGGCUAGUAUCUAUCAUGAUGAAAACCCAUACCAUAACUUUGCUCAUGCAGUGGAUGUGCUGCAAUGUAUAUAUUACUUUACAUGUCAAUUGGGUCUGGUACCAUUUGCCGAUGGAACUCCACGCAUAACAAAUUCAAAAACAUACCGUAUACUAAGGCCAAAAGAUCUGUUCGCACUAUUUAUAGCUGCUAUUGGGCAUGACACAGCACAUCCAGGCGUGAAUAAUGCAUUUCUGAUCAAUACCUCGGCUCCUCUGGCGCUGCUUUAUAAUGACAAUUCCGUAUUAGAAAGCUUCCAUGCAAUGACCUUGUUUCAGCUACUGAAGAAGCACAAGUUUGACAACAUUCUGGGUGGAUCAGAUUCCAAGGAAUAUGUCGAAUUUAGAAAAUUAGUCAUUACAAGUAUUUUGGCCACGGAUAUGGCGUUACACGGUGAUUAUGUGACCAAAAUCAAGGAACAAAAGCAGCGACUGGCAGACAGUGAUCCAAACGAGUGGGAUGCGCCGAGAUGCUUGGAGGAGAGGCUCUUGUUUUGCAGUGGUUUGAUCAAAUGUGCUGAUAUUAGUAAUGUUGCUCGCCCCUUUCCUAGAGCUUACGAAUGGGCACAGAUACUGGUAGAAGAGUUUGCCUCGCAAGGUGACUUAGAGCGAGAGUUGGGCUUGAGUGUGAUGCCCAUGAAUGACAGAUCUCAAAUUAUUUUGGAAGACUCCCAAAUUGGAUUCAUCAGAUUUGUUGCCGUCGGACUAUUUGAGAGUGUGAGUGAAUCCAUGCAAGAACUCUCUUUUCCGGUGGAGCACAUCAAACGAAAUCUAUCCAUUUGGGAAGAUAGAAAACGGGAAAACAUUGAAAACAACCAUCACACUUCAACACAACAACAGCAGCAGCAACAGCAAGAAGAUUCAAACAGCAGCAGCGAUACCACAGCCACUGCCGAAGACGAUUAUCACUCACAAGCCGUAGCAGCGCUGUCCAAGAAGGGUGAUAUUGACUCUGGAUACACCUUGCCAGAGAUGCCCGCCACAUUAGCCAUGUCUAGUUUCUCAUCCAUCACUACGAAGCAAUAUCAACAUGAAGAAAAUCAUAACGGAGACUGGGAUCCUCGAGAAUCCUCCGGUCCAGUUUACUGUUCAUGCAACAUCAUGUGA